AUGAAUCAAACACUCGGCAAAAUUUUCUCAUCAACCUCCUCUUCGUUUCCGAAACUUUCAAAAUUGCAACUCUCAUCACUUUCUGCAUUGUCGUCAUCAUCAUAUGGCUCUCACCCAAUGCAAGCUGCUUCCAUUCUCAACCCGUCCCUCCAUGAAGUACCUCCAACUGCAUUCUACCAUCCCAGUUUCAUUUCCGAUCCCAAUCACUUGAACACGAUUUGGCAUGAAUUGAAAACCUUGUAUCAACAUCAACCUUUUAUUGCCAAUCCUUCUCUGAAACGAUCCAUUUUCAAUGUUCAUUCCGAAGCUCAAGUAAAACAUUGUGCCGAGUUGUACUUUCCAACCUUGUAUUCAUACAUUCAAUCAUUGGCACCUUACUUUUACAAACGAACUCGUGAUGCUUCAUUCCGCACAGUCAUGUCUUUGCAAGAUUUAGAGAAGGCUAAAACACCAAAUAUCAUUCCUAAUACCAUUCAAUUCAAUCAUUAUCAACAUGUUGAAAAAAGUGGAUGUCCUCUUCAUAUUGAUAGCAGAGGUUUAGGUCCAACCAUCGGAAUGCUCUCAUUUGGUAAUGAUGCUACCAUGAGUUUCUUGUUGGAUCCACCCUCAAAUUAUACCAUUGAACAGGUGCAGGAAUGUCCCGAUGAGUUAAGGGUCUAUCUUCCGAAUGGAUCUCUAAUCAUUUUGGCCGAUGACAUUCGAUACAAGUAUGUGCAUGGUAUUCGCAAUGAAAUACAGAAAAGAAAUCCAAAUCUUGAUCAUGCAGAGAGGUUUUCAGUGGUGUUUUGGUAUCAAGAUUAG